AUGCUUUGGUUCACCUCAUGGGAUACAGUAGAUCCUAGCGUAUUUCAAAUUCCCGUUCAAAUACCAAAGCUGAAUCCAUGCCACGAAUGUGAAAGAGACAUUCUCGAAAUCCUACUUCAAGCAUUCACUAUACUCAGUUUUGGCUAUAUUCGCCAUCGAAUAUGUAUCCAGAAAUAUAUCAGGUCAGCAUUCGCUAGUACCUCCAGUAAUAAUAAUCUGCUCAACAAAGCUCAAGCACAAAAGACAAAGAAAUCUACCAACCAUGAUCGAAGUCCAGCAAACGAAGAGAACAUCUUAGAAUUAUCUACGCUUCUCGACAAAAAGUCUUGCCGUCUAUAUCAAAAGCAAAUAGGCAGAAAAACGCGUACCAAACAAACUAAAUCAACAUUUGGAGUGUAUGUAAUGAUUGAAUAUUUGCUAACGCUUCAAGGAUAUUAUCGCCCAAGCAUUCCAGUGCUCCUGCGAAUGACAUCUCAAUACUAA